AUGCAGAGAAUAUUAGAGAAGAAACACUUCAGAAACAAACAGAAAGAGAUAGAAUACAUUUCGAAGAAAUUGCAAUCUUACGAUUGGAAAACGUACCCUCACAGAUGUCUUCUUAUCUUAGAUGAUUUCGCCUCUCAUCCUUUGUUAAAGAAUAGAGAACAAGACAUGUGUCGAAUUCUUAAGAAACUUAGACACUUUAACAUUUCAGUUGUCAUUUGUGUACAGACAGCAAAGAGUUUAAGUAAGGAUGUUAAAAGAAUACUUACUGACAUAAUACUUUUCCCCGGAUUGUCCGAAGACGAUUUCAUGGAACUUAUGAAAGAGUCCAUGGCAGGUAAGUUUGACAGAUAUGAAUUAUGGGAGAAGUACAAAGUCAUACAAGACCCUCAUACUUCUUUCAGAAUUCAUAUCUACGCAAACAAAGUUCAAAUUGUAAAAAGUCAAGCUUGA